AUGAACUACUCAUACUAUCGAUGGUGCUGGUGUCAUCCAUGGUCCUACACGACAGCUGACAAAGAGGCAAGUAAUCUAAUGCGCCACGUUGUUCUCUCACUUCACUUCAUCGCUAUGCUGCUUGCAUACUAUCUGCCAGACCCAGUGUCUUUACUGCCUGAAGAAAAUCGGCGUCAGCUACGUCGCCGUCGCCUUUCCGACGAUACCAGUGCUUCUAUUUACACCAAUGUAACUUGCACUUCUGGUGGAGAUCUUCGGACUGAUGCUAGCGAGACUGCUCCGCAACCAGCAGUGGGCCCAGAAGAUCCGCCUUCUUACUCUGAACAGCCCGUUCUCUCUGCCUGCAGCGGCACCGUGGCAAUCGACCCAAAUAUUCAUAACCAGGUCGCCAGUGGCAGCAUUGAAGAUGAAGAGUAUUCUGUCAAUAUAGCGGCCCGGUCAUUCGGAAGUGGUGUUUCUUCUUCAGAGGGUUCCCCAAGUACUUCUAGUUGCAGCAUCACCAUAAGUGAUCACAGAACUACCGCAACAUCUGAGAAUCCUUCUAAUGCUAGCGACGUUUUAGAAACGCCUUCCAUACUACCUAGCUCGUCUUCCUGUGCAUCAAAAACGGAGAUAGGUACCUCUGCCGCCCCUCUUCUUGAAAGGUUCAAUUCUUCAGUCACGGACAUUUCGAUUAACCCUGAUAAUGAUUUAGAUGUAGCUAGCGACCAUGAACAGCAAACGAGUUCUUCGGUAAGUUAA